AUGAGAGCAUUUUUCAGAGCGGACUCAAUAGUGAGGCUUCAAAGUAUGAUUCGCCUAGGGCUUAUCUGGGGCCGUUGCAACAUCCUUCCUUACCAAUGCAUUGAUUCAGUGAGAAAGUGGCUUGGAAACCACUUCUACUUUUCCAUGGCUACUACAACGAUCCGAGGUCUGGUAUUCAGCCACAGCUACGUAAACAAUGCGUUAGUGUCUAUCUUAAUGACGUACCUCACCGAGAAUUGGCGUACUAGCAAUUUUGCAAUGGCUGCUCUAGUUACAAAUGUCCAAGAAGGCGUAUCAGACAUCAUGGUGAUUGUUCUUGCUCGUAUAUCAGACACGCACAUGACUCGUUUUAAAAUGAUUGCCUCCACAAAUGCGGCUUAUUUACUUGGACUGCUCCUAUUGUGGAUUUGUUCUAAGUUUAUGAGCGCGCAAACUGAGGCUAACGUAUACUAUGGAGCAGCGGUACUGAUAGGAAUAGGAGAAGCUGGUCGAUCGGCUACCUUGAAGGAAUUUCUUGACGAUCAAUAUUUCAGUGAACAGAAAGAAAGACCGUCCACAGAUGAAAAUUAUUUAAAACGACUGGAAACUCGUAAAGAAGCUUUGUGGCGCCAUCCCUGGUUUUUAGGUGCAUUGCUAGCUGUUUUCCUUCCAACUCCGUCCUGGACAAUACAAGAACAAGAACAAGAACAAGAACAAGAACAAGAACAAGAACAAAGAGGAGGAGAGAUUUGCAUAGUCACAAGAGUGACCUUCUCGUCCUCCUCGUGUCCACCAGAAGAAGCACAAAGAAAAAAGUUUUGGCCACUCAUAGAACUGAAGGCGGGAAAGGGGUUUUUCAUAGAAGUGAUAGCUAUGUGGUCGGCCUUCUUCGCAUACAGUUUGGUGGAGGCAACAGGGAGCACCUUAUUUUUUGAACAAAUGAGUAGUUUGGAUACAGAUAGUGGCAUUGGGUCAGUGAUGGACGUGGCAGUAUUUUUGACACUAGUUAGCGGCUUCUCAAGUUUCUUAGUCUCAUCUAUCUACAACUUACUGAUUCCAAAGCAGGGGAGAAAGGCUACACUGGUGAGAAUUGGCUGCGGAUUGGCAUGUUCUGUGCUAUGUUGUGUUGCAGCUUGGCAGGUUGGGGGAAAGGGGUUGGAGUUCGUCCUGUUGGGACUGAUGAAGGGGCUAGCCCUAAAUGGAUUGACCGAGUUCCUUGCUGAUCGAAUUGCUAAUAAUGAUAGGCUAAGGGCGAGGUACUAUUAUGCAUCCCACAUCUCUGACCUCAUCCUUGGUGUUGGAAAAUUAGUUACAGCUUCUAGCAUUUUAGUGUUUAGGCGAAGUUGGUUCCAUCCCAACAUAAAUGGGAGUCGCCUGGAUCGUUUUCUCGAGCUAUUAACUUACCUAAGUCUUGCUAACCUAAUUUAUUACAUGUGUAUCUCCGUAUACUUUUAUCGCAACGAGAAAUCACAAAAAUCUGCUAACAGAGGAAACAAAGAAAGUAGUCUGUUGGAACAAGUAGAGCAGGGGAUUCAUGCUGCUGAGAAGGAGGGUGACGUUGACGAGGCCCCAGUCCCCGUAGGUGGUGCGGACUUGGAAAAUGAACAAACCGCAGAGGAACAAGUAGAGCAGGAGAUCGAUGAUGAUGAUGAUGAUGAGGUGUGGACUUCCGAAACCACCAAAGAGAUCAAGAAGUGGAGUUACAGAAACAGCCAUUGUUGCUGUUGGUGA